ACGCGGAAAACUCAGUUAACCUUGCGUGGAGCCUCCAUAAACACAGAAAGUACAUAGGAGCCACAUAGCGGCGUGGGAAGGCCCACUGUUGAUGGGCGGGUGGGGGUGUUUAGGGAUUGACUUGGGAAGUGAACCCGCGUCUUGCCUCGCAGAAUCCUAAUGGAAAGUAGUCACCGAAUCGGGAUUAUCCGAAGACAGUUUAACCGUAGUCAUUUCCGGCGUCCCUAGAGAAUUGACAACGAAAAGAGCAUGAUUCCGUCCCAGUGGUACAGGCCGCCCGGGCUCAACCAAUCAUAAAAUAGGCUCGUUUGGCGGGUCAUAAAUCACCGGGUAGAAGAAGACGGUCCACGCACGCAAAAUUGUUGCUUUGAAUGACUUCAUCGCUUCCUCAGGCAGGGGCUUCAUCGCGGUUGGCGGCCCUGGACGACUUCAAAUGAUUGAGCACAAACUGAGCCAAUAGGCGCCUAGGGUUUCUUUUGAUCGGCACAUGCUGAGAACUAAUGAGCCGAGGGCAUCGACGAAAAGGGCGGAAAGGACGUGAGAGGGAACAGCCAAACGGAAAUGUAGGCGGGCGCAACGCGAAACCAAUCGCUUCUUCCGAGAACGGGGAGCGUCGGCCAAUAGGAUUGCAGGUGACCCAGCAGUGGGGAAAAGUGCCUUGGUCCAGAUGUUCUGCAAUGAUGGGGCUCAUUUUCAGAAAAAUUAUACAUUGACAACAGGAGUAGAAUUGCUGGUGAAGACGGUACUCGUUCCAGAGACAAAUGAUAGUGUGGAACUCUUCCUCUUUGACUCAGCAGGGAAAGAAAUCUUUUCUGAAAUGCUAGAGAAACUGUGGGAACAGCCCAAUGCCCUGUGUAUUGUAUAUGAUGUUACCAAUGAAGAGUCUUUCAAUAACGCUGCCAAAUGGCUUGAGAAGCUGAGGACCCAAGCCUCUGGAAUACAUAUUCCAGGUGUGCUAGUGGGCAAUAAGACUGAUUUGAUCGAUAGGCGAGUUGUGGAACAAAAACAAGCUAAAGACUGGGCAGAAACCAAUGGCCUAGAAUAUUGCGAGAUGUCAGUAAAAGAGAUGGAAAACUAUGAAGCCCCUUUUCACAUCAUGGCAAAUGCCUUUCACCGACUCUACAAAGAGAGGGUGGAAACCUUUCAUUCAUUGGUAUGAGGCACCUUGAGUGUGAUAACGCUUAGCUUGUUUCAUUUCUUUGUGCCUGGAACUAAUCAAAUGUUUAGCAAUCACAGACUAAAUCCUGUAAGAGUGGAAGUUAGACUUUUAUUUUCUUAUUAUCAUAUGUUUUCCUGUAAUUCUAAGCCAAAAUAAACCUAUUGAAAGAGA